AUGAACAAUACUCCCGAAAGGCUCUACUGUGACCCACCCAACAGCCCUCGACGUCGAGCUACUCAAGGUGUGUUUUGGCUCAGCGUAGAAGGUUUAAAGGCAGGACUAGCUCCUAUAUUUGCAUAUCUUACGGAAGAAUUAGAAGAAGCUGGACAUAUGCAGCAGGCUCGAGCCAGAUCUGUCCCAAGCGGUUAUCGAGUCACGUCGAUCCUUUUCAAGAUUCCGCAGUCUCAUAUGUCUCCGUUUGGUCUGCGAUGCAAGAUGUCAUCCGUUCAUGGACCCAAGCACACCGAAACUUACAGGAGGCUUCGUGCCCUGAGAUUUACUCUAUUGAGAGCCAGGAGGAUAGUUUAUGCCAAGCUGUUGAUGCAGCCAUGCAGUUACGUCAAGCCCUAA